AUGUACGCCAAUUCGAAGGACGGCAAAGAGAUAUGGGACGCUGCAUUUGGCUCUAUAAGCCCGCAAGCCCUGAUCAAAGCCGACAAGUGGCCAUCCUCUUUGAUUAGCAACACCAUUAUUGCUAAUAUACCGCAACUUGUAUUUUCAUUAUUAUACUUCGCCUUCAACAGUGUCUUAACGAGCAUGGCUCUUGCCACAGAAUGGAGCAGAUAUGCUCUCUCACGGAAAGGGGUCCGCGUCUCCUGGAACCCCCAGUCCGCCCAGCGGAGCGACUAUUUCCUCUCCCUACCAUACCGCUACGCCAUUCCACUCAUGACGUGCUCUGCAAUCCUCCACUGGCUCAUUUCCCAAAGCCUAUUCCUUGUGGGCGUCGAGGCGUACACAGACAUCAACCAGGAAUGGGUCAGGGAUCCGGAGUCUGACCUGAAUAUGUGUGGAUACAACCCCGUGGCCAUUGUUAUUGCAAUCGUCAUCGGUGUGGUUAUGUUUGCCUGUCUGAUAUGGAUAUGCACCCGACGUCUUCCGUCAGCCAUGGUCGUUGCCGGGAGCUGCAGUUUGGUGAUUGCGGCAGCGUGCCAUCCGAAGUAUGACCCCAAUCUGCAUGAGGACGGCCAGAAGUUGCAGCCCGAGGAGGAAAUGGAGUUUCUACCUGUCAAGUGGGGGUCUGUGCCGGUUUCGGGUGAUAUGGGGCAUUGCACGUUUACUUCUGAUGAGCUCGAUAUGCCUGAGCCUGGUAAGAUGUAUCGAUGA